AAAGUAAUAAUAAUUCAAUGUGAUAUUCAUCGACGAAGUGGAUCAACUUCGUCCAUGAUUCAGCAGACUCAACGGGAAAAGUUCAAUCAUUGAAUUCCAAUUAAAUUGUCAAUUCGACAGUCAGUGUAAAUUGUUUACUAUCGAUAAUUGAAUUCCAUAAAAUGUUAUGUCUAUCUUAUAACUUAUCUGUAAUAUUAGCUUAUAAUUGCUGAUUCUUACGAUGUAAUACGGUUAUCGAUGUUAUGGAAAUUGUAAAAAAUUGCAUAUGAUAAGUUCUAUCAUAAACUUUGUUAAUUAGCUAAAUGAAACAUGAAACGUCCUUUGGAGGAUCAAACGGAUGUGUUUGAAAAAAAUCCAUUAGUGUUUCUAGAUGUUGCUAUUGGAACAGAAAAAGUGGGAAGAAUUGUGAUAGAACUAUUUAAGGAUGUAACACCACGAACGGCAGAAAACUUUCGAGCUUUGUGUACGGGAGAAAAGGGAAAUGGUAUUAAUAAUAAGAAAUUACAUUACAAAGGAUCGAUAUUUCAUAAGGUGAUACCUCAGUUUAUGAUUCAAGGAGGAGAUAUUAUUAAUUUUGAUGGAACUAGCGGUGAAAGUAUAUAUGGUCCUCAUUUUGAGGAUGAAUCUUUUCAAAUUUCACAUUCGCGUGGUGGAUUAUUGAGUAUGGUAAAUGAAGGUCACCCUAAUACCAAUAGUUCUCAGUUCAUUAUCACUACUGUUCCUUGCAUACAUUUGGAUAAUACCAAUGUUGUUUUUGGCAAAGUUAUAAAAGGUAUGGGAAUAGUAAUAGAAAUUAACAAUGUACCAGUUGUUAAGGAUCUGCCCAUUGAGAAAAUUUGUAUAACUAAUUGUGGAGAAUUGAAAAGAGGAGAGAAUUGGAACUUGGAAGAAAAUGAUGGUUCAGAAGAUAUAUAUACCCCUUGGCCAGAAGACUGGGAUUAUGCAUUAUGCACUGAUAAACUAACUUACAAGCAUGUCUCAGAGGUUAUUAAAAAAAUAAAAGAUUCUGGAAACAGUUAUUUUUCAAUGAAGAAUUAUAUAGAUGCAGGCAGAAAGUAUAAAAAAGCAUUACGUUAUUAUGAAUGGAUGAUAAAGUUGACUGAUAUGCCUGACACUUUAGGUGAUUCUGCAACAGGUCUUAAAGUAACAACUAUGUUAAAUCUAGCUGCUGUACAAUUAAAAAAGAAAGAUUAUCGCAGCACACUUAAAUUAUGUAAUGAGGUCUUGGAAAUAGAUACAUCAAAUGGUAAGGCAUUUUUUCGAAGAGGACAAGCAUACAUGGGUUUAAAUGAAUAUGAGGCUGGUUUGGCAGACUUAAAACAUUCACUUGCAGAAUGUCCCAACAAUAAAGACAUUUUAAAAGAAAUUGAGAAAGUAAAAAAAGUAAUGAAUUCCUAUUUAGCAGUAGAAAAAGCCACCUGUCAAAGAAUGUUCAAAAACUAAUAUAGUAAUUUUAAUAAUAUAUUAUGUCAAGAUAAUAGGAUUUAUAAUAGUGAUGAAUACAAACAUGACAAUUAUGGUAUGUGUCUGAAGUACAAAUUAGUAUAAAAAGAUAAAUCCGCAUUGCAUAAUUUUUUUUGACUAUAAGAAACAUGAAUGUUAUCAUAUAAAGAAAUUUGCAUACUUGUUGAAAUACUUGUAAUCAUAAAUAUAAUAAUAAAUAGUCUGUAAGAAAUAAGUGCUGUGUACAUACACAACUUCUACAAUUCAGUAAAUUGUAGGUGCUUUGUAUAAUUACAAAGUAAAUAAAAUAUUUGGGGUGUAAAAUAAAUACAAAUUUUUAUGUUUAUAAA